UCCGCGUACGUAGUCUAUAGACAACAUUCACGUAGCCACGCUUUCUUGCGUAUGCGAAUAUAAGGUAAAGACUGCUACACGUCGUUCAUUUUACACCAACCGCCGUCAGAGGAAGAAUCUCAGAGUUUGAAGAGGUUCAAGAUUUUGUUGAUCAAGAUGGCGGAUCAGAGCGAACGUGCGUUUCAAAAGCAACCUACCAUUUUUUUGAAUCGCAAAAAAGGUUUAGGUCCGAAACGUAGGAAGCCGAUGCGAUAUAGCCGCAAUGUCGGCUUGGGUUUUAAGACUCCACGCGAAGCUCUGGAAGGAACAUAUAUUGACAAGAAAUGUCCUUUCACUGGUAACGUUUCAAUCAGAGGACGAAUUCUUACUGGAGUGGUGCAAAAAAUGAAGAUGCAACGAACGAUAGUCAUUCGGAGGGAUUAUCUUCAUUAUAUUAGAAAAUAUAAUCGAUUUGAAAAGCGCCAUAGAAAUAUGAGUGUCCAUCUUAGUCCCUGCUUCAGAGAUGUGGAAAUUGGUGAUGUAGUCACCAUCGGAGAAUGCAGACCAUUGAGCAAGACGGUCCGCUUUAAUGUUUUAAAAGUUUCUAAAGGGACCGGCUCCAAAAAAAGUUUUAAGAAAUUCUAAGCAUGUCUUUCCAAUGAGCCAGUAUGAGGAAGGACAGGUGUUAGAGAAACUGUGUGAACUUAUAUACUAUAAUUUAUAUAUUUUGAAUUUUGAGAAAAACAAAAAUAAAAAGAUCUCUACAGUUUGUUCACACAAUUAA